UGUAUCUCCAAAGCCCUACCACGAACACCCAAAUUCGGGAAAACCUAAUUCUCAAUCUUAAAAUUUUCUCUCUUCAAUUGGUUUUCUUUUCAUUCUAAGCUCUGUUAAACGUCACGAAAAUGGAAAGUCCACUCACAAACGGUGUCGUGUUGGACAGUUCCGUGGGCUUUGCACUGGAAACUAUGGUUAUCGAAACUGCCAUUGCUGCUACUAAGUCAGUCGCUUGGUUGGUGAUGAUGAUGAUGGGAACUAUGCCUAAUGGAAUCGAUAUCCUCAUCAAAGAGCCUAAAGCAUAUGCAAGGUUUCCGCUUGCUCUUCUUCCGGUGAGAAAGCCUGGUCUGGAGAACAAGGAUGCUGGUGACACUGAGGAUGACGAUGAUGAGGAGGAAAAUGAAGCAGCAGGUGAUGAAGAUGAUGAUGCUGGUGAGGAGGAAGAUGGAUUGGGAAAAGACGGUGAAGGUGAAGAUGGAGGGGAUGCAGAGGAUGAACCGGUGGCCAACGGUGAUGGAGCAAGUGGAGAUGAGGAUGACGACGACGACGACGAUGAUGGAGGUGAAUAUGAAGAAGAGGAAGAGGGGGAAGAAGAUGAAGAAGAGGAGGAGCUUCAGCCACCGGCUAAAAGGCGAAAAUGACCUUAGGAUCACUUUCCCUUGUUUCCCGUUUCGUCUUGCCAAGGUUGCGGAUUGGAUUAGAGAUUAGAAACUGUGACAUUUUCGAAACCAGACAUGUUUUAUAUUUCCUAACAUACACUUAUUGUAUCAUUAUAUAUGUU